UUCUCCUCCCCCCUCCUCCAAGUCCCGAUGGCGUCUGCUGCCCGUCUUCGACUCGCGUCUCCCCAGCCGCCGGUGGCGCCUAAAGAGCGGGGGAAUGAUUUUCUCAGUCCACGGCCUGCGGACAGCACUUCCAGGGUCACCAAGGCAGCACGCAAAGUUCUUCUCGCCUUUGAAGAGCUGCCGGAAUGGCAUCAGGACAAUGAGUUCAUUCGCCAUGGCUAUCGACCGAUUUCAGGCUCGGCCAAGGUCUCCUUUCAAAGCUGGUCAUACAUUCAUAAUGAAUCGGUCAACAUAUUUUCUCACCUUAUACCGGCAGUCGCUUUCCUGCUCGGCGAGUGGUAUAUCCUAGAGUACCUCACCAGCAGGUACUCUAAUGUCACCGGCACCGAUUUCUUCAUCUUCAGCUUCUUCCUUCUGACUGCUGUUGUCUGCCUGGGGCUCUCGGCAACAUACCACACUUUGACAAACCACUCCUCCGAGGUUGAACAAUUAUUCCUGCGAUUCGAUCUGGUGGGCAUAGUCAUCCUCACGCUGGGCGACUUUGUGUCAGGAAUCUACAUGGUCUUUUGGUGUGAACCUUUGCAACGCAAGAUUUACUGGUCUAUGAUUGCAAUCCUUGGGUCGCUCACCAUCUUCAUAAUGCUAAAUCCCCGGUUCCACGGCCAAAAGUAUCGCACUUUCCGAACACUUGCGUUUGUAGGGACCGGCUUGUCUGGGUUUGCACCUUUGAUACAUGGUAUUACCAUCUUUGGCUUCUCGCAGAUGAUGAAACAAUCGGGAAUGCCCUACUAUCUGGUCGAAGGAGGAUUCCUUCUGCUUGGAGCUUUGGUCUAUGCCACCAAGUUUCCCGAGUGUCGAUGGCCAGGUAAAUUCGACAUUUACGGCGCUUCCCAUCAACUCUUUCACAUCCUGGUGGUCCUCGCUACUGUGACUCAGUUGAUCGGGAUAUUGGACGCCUUUGACUAUAACUACACCAAUCGGAGAUGCUCAUCUCUAUGA